AUGAAGAGCACGCUCACUUUCAGUUCCAAUCCGCAAGGCGCUGUACGCAAUUAUGAGCGUAAACACAAGACGCUGGAUCAUAUCGUACACCUCUCACCACCAGGGACCGUCCAUGAAAACGCAGCCCAGUGGCGCGAACUGGGCUUCAACGUCAUCGAGGGAGGUGUUCACGCGGACGGUCUGACCGAAAACACGCUCGUGAUACUGAGCGAUCACAUCUACUUCGAGCUGAUCGCAUUCACCAAGCCCGUCGACGCCUAUCCGCCUGGGUCCCCGAUCCGAAAGGCGCGUGAAGAGCACAAAUGGGCCUCCUGCCCACCAGGGUGGAUAGACUACGCCUUCCUGGGCAACGGGUCGCUCGUCCCGCCGGGACGUAUCUCGGAUGUGAUCAACAGCAGGGCAGGGGGAGAGAAGCUGUAUGUGGAUGAGGUUCCCGGAGGUCGCACGCGGCCAGACGGACAGGUGCUCAAAUGGGUGAUCAGCUCGGCUGCGAAGAAGGCGAGCUUGCUUCCGUUCUUUUGCGGCGAUGUCACAGACAGAGCACUGAGAGUGAGUACCUACCAAACCGGAGAGCAAUACGCAGCAGCCAUUGGGGCACAAGGAAUUGCCCAUAUUCUGUUGCUCACCGACUCCGAGCCCGGGUUCUGGCAGGCACUGAAAGAGAUCAGCGCGGUAGUUGACUCCCAGCCGCAAACAGGCCAUGCGACGAAGGCGACAUGGACGCUGGCAAACCCUUCCGCGCAAGGCAAGAGAGCGCCGAGUCUGAUCCUGGCGCUGUCCGAGGUUGGGCUUUGGGUGGCGGAGGGCGAGAAGGCUGGGACCAUCUGGCCGCCCUACGCGAGGAUAGUCUUGUCAUGUAGAAUCCGAGACAUGCCCUCCUCAACACCUUGCUUCGUCAUCGGGGAUUUCUCGAUCAUCGGCUCGAUUUGGUUGCGUGCGGCGAAAUCGACCAUGCGGCGGUGGACUGAGCGGGCAGCGAUGGUCAAGCCCUGGAUGUUGAUUCCGCCCAAGACGAGGGGAAGACUGGGGAUGGAAAAGUUGUCCUGGCUGACCGAUGGGAUGAAGCUAGUCGUCACGAUCAAGUGGUCCAGCGGCCGCAUGUUCUUGAAUUGGGUCAGAGCCUGGGUCCCGUGGAAUUCCGACGCCCCCAACCGCGCUGCCUCCUCUCGUUUCGACCCCGAGCUUGAGAAAAUCACAACCUCCGCACCCAUCUUCGCGGCGAACAUGACCGCCAAGUGUCCCAGCCCGCCGAUAAGUGUCCCAGCCCGCCGAUCCCGACGACGCCGAGACGCUGCGUGGGCCGGAUGUUGUAGCUCUCGAUCACCUCGAACACAUCGCGCCGCCGCACAUCAGGGGGCAGCGUGCUCUGGGGCAAGAUUUGCUGGAUCUGGAAGAGGGACGGCUACUCCAGACAGCGUGCGUGCCGAGCGAGCCCUGGUCGAAGCUGUGCAUGCCGUACAUCUCGUGCGCUCGCAUUUGCCGCAUGUCUUGUGGACUGUAUCCCUAUCCGACGACAUCGCCAAUGCGCAGCGCAGACACGUCAGAGCCAAUUUGCUCGACGACACCGACUCCUUCGUGCUCCAACGCCAUGUCUGCGUGCUUGUAGUGCUCGUCGGUGCCGCAGAUGCCGGAAUGCGUGAUGCUGACCAGGACUGGACCCCGGUUGGCUUGAGUCGAGAGCUCGUUGCUUCAACGAUGCCAUCGGCUUUCGAGUCCUUGAGGACGGUGAAUUCGACGUUCAUGCUAGUGGUGAAAGUGGUAGCAGUGGUGGUGGUUUUGGUACUUGUAGAGAAGGAUGUUGCUGCUCGUCUUGUAACCGUUGGUCCAUUUUAA